AUGUGGGCGGGUGCGGACUGGGAUAGAUACAGUACAUUUACAAUGCUGCUAACAAGUGUUCUAGUUUUCAUUGCAUCUUCCAUGAAGAUUGUCACAGCUGCAGAUUGGUGCUACCAGUCCCAAGUCACAUGCAAUCACACCUGCUCCGGGCCAGACGUAUGGGAAGUGAUUUCGCAGGCCUGCAGUGGCAGAUCCCAGUCUCCAGUUAACAUCGUUACAAGGAGAGUGCUACUAGAUGAACGUCUCACUCCUUUCCACUUCACUGGCUAUCAAGAAACUUUUCAUGGUCACCUUAUAAACAAUGGUCACACCGUUAAACUUCAUUUGCCAUUCAGUAUACGGAUCAGUGGGGGAAAUCUGGUCACAACAUACAAGGCAGCUGAACUCCACCUUCACUGGGGCAAAGAUGGAGGCCCAGGGUCUGAACACACGGUUGAUGGAGAGCAGGCUCCCAUGGAGAUGCAUAUUGUCCACAUAAAAGAAGAAUACGACUCUUUAUCCCAGGCUGUAAGAGACCCUGAAGGUGUGGCUGUUCUUGGAUUUUUUUUUCAGGAAUCAAGUUCUGCAAACAAGAAAUUUGAUCCCCUCAUAAAUGCCCUGAAGAGUAUCACUCGACCCACCAACAGCACAACACUGAGAGGUGUGUCCCUGGAUAUGUUCAUUCCUUCUCAGAAGAAUAUGACCAAGUACUUUCGCUAUAAAGGCUCCCUCACUACACCCAACUGUUCUGAAGCUGUUGUCUGGAGCCUGUUUGAAAGCACUAUUCCACUCAGCAGGAAACAGCUUGCUGCAUUCAACCACCUUCAGUUUUCUGAUGGAAACCAGAUGAGAAAAACCUACAGACCAGUGCAACCCUUGAAUGGAAGGCAGAUUUAUUACUCUGGAGGCCAUGUUGCUGUGGUUAGCACUGUACUGCUCAUCAGUUCAGUGCUGGUAUCCACUGCUGGUGCGUUCUCCAUGAACACCGCAGGAUGA